GAUCAAUGUCUGGACUGGAUGACCGACCAUCGUCAUCGUCAUCGUCAUCAUCAUCAUCAGGCAACACGCACAUCCACAAUGCAGGCAUUGUUCGGCAACAUCCGCCUCAGAUCGGGUCGUGGCAGGCAAAACAUUGCGAGUCGGACUCCACUCAAACCAUGAUGACGACCGAGCUCAGCUACAGCCGUCCCACUGCAUAUCAGGCAACCACCUCAAGGACCCUUGCUAUGGAUGCAGAUGCGACGAGUGGCUCGGCGGUGGCAGAGUGGUCUCACGCGGAUCACCAAGGCGGAUUCAACCAGAAUAAUGCUGCUGCAACGGAUUGGUGGCAAGGCAGUCUCCGUCCAUCGUCGUCCUACAACCAGAGUGAUGAUAAUCGAGUCAUGUACCAAGCACAGUUUGGCGCAAUCUAUCAUCCGGUGGCCAGCGCAGGACCGCUCGAGAUGCACCAGAAUUUCCAAUCUGAUGAUGCAGAUUCGGCCGUCUCACAUGCGUACACGAAUCCGCAUCAGCUUACAAGCAUGCACGAGGGCAACAUUUACGAUGCAAUGUAUGCUGAUGAUGGCAGCGGCGGCGGCGGCAUGUCCACGCAAAGCCUUCAGCACCCAAGCACAGACACCUCGAUGCUCGACGCGCAUCUGAGCGCACCUGCGUCGUCCAUCUAUGAUCACGUGUACGUGUCUGAUAGCUCGGCGGCCGCGAUGGUGACGCCUCUGAGCCUCGAGCGCAUCUUUGUCGUUGUGGACACGAACGUUUUGAUCUCUGACCUGCCAUUUUUGAGGCUACUUUUGGCAUCGAACGACGUUGCGCCACAGCUCGAGUACGCACGGCAGGCUGUGGCUCACUAUACCAGUACAGGAUGCGCUGCUCCUGGUGCUGUGCGGCAGGCGCUGCACCAGCUGGAGCAGUACGAAAGCAUCCGCGCAUCCGAGUUGCAGCACCACGCCGAGAAGCGCACCCUCUCGCUACCGCAAAGGACCGCGCUAGUCGUUGUCUUGCCGUGGACUGUAGUUCAAGAGCUGGACAGAUUGAAAAAGGGCAAUGUCAGCACCGAAGCCCAGCGUGCAAACGAAUUUUUGCUUCGCAUGCUCCAAGCCAAGCACCCUUUCCUCAAAGGCCAGCCUCUGAAAGAGUCCUCGAAAGGUUUCAACGAGCCAGGCAUUGAGAACAAUGACGAUCGCAUCCUUGACUGCUGCUUGCGCUAUCGGCAAAGCAAAGUACCGAUGCCGCGCGUCAUUCUGCUCACAAACGAUAAGAACCUGGGCGUGAAAGCGCUGGUGAACAACAUUGAGUGUUUCUCGGUGGCGGACUUUCCCCAGCAGCUCGAACCAAUGUCUGCACUGCACGGAGAGUUUGAUGGCGGGCAACCAUUUUCGGGCGAAUCAGCUGGGCAGUCCCAUUUGGACGCUGUGCUUCAAAUGGAUGAUUCCGAGUUGUUGCCUGCAGCUGCAGCGCCGCCGUUCUUGCCGCACGGCUUUGGCUCAUCGACCUCGCUUGCUCCGCGACUGCCAACUGCACGUCAACCGGUCGCUCUUGUCAUGGACGAAUCGCACACACCAUCGCCUGUGCACCUGGGCUCGGACAACUCGCCAACUCCGUACUAUGGAGCAGUGUUUGACAGCCUUGUGGUCGAGUUUGAAAAGCACAUGUCUGUUGCCGUGAUGAACGAGGUGCGAGCGGAGCUGGGCGAGCUAUGGAGCGCCGUCGUCAAGAUACAGCCGCCUUGGAACACGUCCGAAAUGAUGACAUUAAUCAAGCAGACUUGGAGUGCCUUCUCAUUCCUUCCGAGAGAGAUUGAGGACGGUGCGGCCAAGCUGAUUCCGCUGCUCGCACAGCAGAUUUUGAAAACGCCUCCUCGGUCAAUGAGGCCGUCGGAGGCGAUUAUUGCGAUAUCAGCGUUUGUCCAGAUUGUGCAAAAUUGGCCAAUCUCGUCGGAGCGACGUCCACGCGAGCUCGCAGACAUUCCUCUUGAAAAGCAACAGCUGGCUGACGAAGGCAUUCACACUGCCCGUGACAUCUUUCUCGAAAUGUUCCACGGGUUUGUCAGUCUGCAAACGCCACCGGCAGCCGCAGAAAAGCGGAAGGCAGCUUCCGCCCGCGCCCUUGAUCAUUCUGCCAGUGUUGAUCGUGUGCAAGGGCCGAUGGCCACUUCUUCUUCUUUAUCUUCUUCGUUUGUUUCAUCUUCGUCUUCUUCUGCCACGAGCCAAGGGGAUUUGGUGGCGACGGCUCAAGCGCAACUCCGACCCGUGAUGCCUCCCGCAAAUCUGCUGCGUCCUCCACGGUUUAUUGCCGCUGUGGGCUAUAUUCUAAAUCACUAUGCCAAUCGCAUCCAGGACCUCAAGCAAUGGAGUCCAACCGAUGUCGCUCAAGUGACAGAGUUGACGAACAGGUGGACGGAGGCGUAUUUGGCGCUCGAGUCCUUCAUCGCUUUCGCUCACAGUGAAGCUGCAGUCGAGUCUGCAAGUGCCUCAAGUCCGGAACUGCAAUGGUAUGUGGAUUGUCUCUAUUCCACGUUCGAGCCCAUCUGCUUGCUGUUCGGCGGUUGGCCAACCGUUCCGCGGUCGCCGUACACGGACUGGAUGCUGCUGAUCACUGAUUCCGACCAGUUGGAGCGUGCUAUUGCUGCAUAUCAGACCUGGCAAGUGCAGUUGACGAGUUUGCAAGAGCAACUUCAUUGAAAGGGAUGCGGGGUGAAAAAGGGAUUUUUUUUUUUGCAGUUUUGUUUGACCGUGUAAUCAUAAAAACGAAGCUAAUAUACAAC